UUCCCUCACUCAGCAUCCGCAACGGGAAAAACCACUGCUUGGCAUCAAUCUUACAUGCAGCGUGCCAACCAACCCUUACCCUGCUUCACCCUUAUACUAAUCCGUCAUCGCUCCACACGCUCCAGUCAAUUUAGGUUAUUGAAUGUCGAAAGUCCUCUCGGAAAUCCUCGCCCUGGAUCAAGCAACCAGAUUUUUCUCCUUCGCAUUCCAGCACCAUGGCGACACGACAAAUCGUCAAGGUUCAAUUCAUUCAGCACUCCAAUGUGGACGGGACGAAACCGGCAAAGUCGCAGCGACAAGUGUACUCGCAUGCCGCGCGCAUAGCACAUGCACGAGCCAGGAUCUCGCGAGCGGAGAAGUAUGCCAGGGAAAAAUCGCUGAAUGUUUCUCGUGUCAACGACGACAGCGGUUCAAACAGCCACGAAAAUGCAGGGAAAACAGACGUUGUACCAAAUCCAUGGGGCCUACUGUCGUCUGACCGACGGGAUCCGUUUGGGAGUUUCGUCGUCCCAUUCAAGCCCAUCGAGCAUUUUCUACUUGAUCAUUAUGUGAGAGUGGUAGUCCCAGAUAUGACGGGCGACUGCAAAUCUCUCCAAAGCAUUGGAAACAUGUGCGACCGCAUGAUCAGGGAUUGGACACGCUUCGCUCUCACAGACGCCGGGUUCUUGUACGGUACCCUACUUUCUGCGUGUCGGCAUUUAGAGGGAAGCAAGCAAGAUACUCGCAUGUACCGCGAAUUAGCUACACAGUAUAAACUCGAGUGUGUGCGGUUUGUCAUCGAAGCUCUAUCUAAUGAGGCUUUGGACAAGAACAUCACGUUUACGAGGAUUUUGUCGUUGGCUUUUGAUGAGAUGUGGAUUGGCGACGGGACUAUGUUUGGGCGCCAUGUAGAGGGAGCUAUGAGACUAGUCGACCUAAUGGGCGGACCCAAGAUGUUGAUGUUGAAUGGGUUUUUGGAAGCCAUGUAUAAUGUGUGCAUCAACAAGAAGAUGAACUUGGAUCAAGGGGAGAAGCCUUGCGGGAACAUACACUAUAAGAUAUGA